AUGAAACAAGACUUAAAGGAACUAAGAAAAAGUGUACACAAAUGUGAAACGCUAUGCAAAACAGAAACUGGUAAAGAACUUUCAAAUUCGGAGACAUUUUCUGAACCUUCGACGAUACCCAAGGGAUUUAACAACCAUGACCAGAUGCCUAGUAGAAGAAGUCAACCAGUUCCGAGAAUACUUCCUCCCGAUUCGUAUCCCGUAUCUGCCGUGGCAUUCUACAGUUACCUAUCAAAAGCAACUGCUCCAAAUUUACCAGCACACCAUCUCAUGGUUUAUGACGUCGUUCAUAUAAAUAGAGGAAACGGAUACAACAAGGGCGAUGGGAUUUUCAUUGCACCCGUAACUGGCGUCUAUGCUUUUCACUUCUCACUAUGCAUAGCUCAAGGUGCAAGUUAUCCAUGGGCCAGUCUAGAAGUUACUGUCAAUGGUAUUGGUCUUGGAUCUACCUAUGAGGGCGUUAAUACCGCUCCUGGCGGAUAUCCCUGCACUAGUGGACUUGUUAUUUCAGAUGUGAACUCUGGUGACCACGUUUUCAUUAGAACAUUUGAAGAAACUCGUGGGGCUAUUAAUAGUGCUCCAAAUGGACGAACCUCAUUUUCUGGUUGGUUGAUUUCCUUCCCUCCUACAUCACCUACCACUUUUGUGAUCGCUUUCUAUAGCUACUUGUCUAGAAGUAGUGGCCCAAUAACUGCUCACCAUACGUUGGUCUAUGACAAUAUUCACAUCAACAGAGAAAAUGGCUACAAUAAAUCUGACGGCAUCUUCAUUGCACCUGUUUCUGGGGUUUAUGUUUUCCAUUUCUCAGUGUGCCUUGCUGGUAGUUCAUAUGCUAGUUUUGAAAUUCUUGUGAACGGAGAAGUAAUAGGGGCUGUUAAUGAAGAAAGUCACGCUGGAAUGGGUUAUCGUGAAGGGAGUAAUUUAGUGGUAACAUUUGCUAAUUCCGGGGACCACAUCUUUAUUAGAACACAGAAAAGCACCAUGGGAUAUGUGUUUAGCAAUGACAUAUGUAAAACAUCAUUUUCAGGAUGGUUUCUAAGCAACUGA